CCUUCAUUGCGCUACCACUAUCCUCAUUCUUAUCACAAAAUAUCCGUCAAGAUGCCUCAGGACCAAAGAUCUUGCAAGAAGGCUCGCCUUGACCAGAAGUCCCAUGCUUCCCAAGCAGGCCACAAUUCCAGUCCAUCGACCAUAGGACCAUCCACUCCUAUCGCCCCCAUGAGAUCAGAGCAUGCUUCCGAGCACAAAACAACAGAAGAGCGUCUCAGUCGCGUCGAAGAGGUCAUCCAGAACCUCAUCGUAGAGAACUGCGAUCUCAAAAGCCAGGUCAAAGAACAGCACAAUCUUUAUAAAAGACACAUCAUCGAUAUCUGGGGUGAUAUCAGUGCGCUCCGUGCCGAGAUCAAGGACCUCCGAGAUGCUCUGCAGCUGUUCGUCAACGCUCGCAGAGCUCAUCGCUCGCAAGCCUUCAACACCUGGGGCGAGCUCAACUAGCGUCGAAGUUGAGUGGGGAAGUCAAGUAUCAAUGAGUGUAGGUAGAGACACUCUUGCAAUGAAGAUGGAUUGAUCGAAUUGGGUCACAUCUCUGAUCUCUUCUUUCCUCUUUCUUUUAGAGUAAA